UGCGCGCGGGGAGACGGAGCGGCUCCAUGGCGGCGGAGGCGAAAUAGACCCAGACCCAGACCCAGACCCACCUGAACCAUGGCUGCCGGCGGAGUGCGCUUCAAGACCAACUAUGCUGCUUCCAGCAGAAUUGAACCAUUUUACAAAGGAGGAAAAGUACAGAUGAAUAAUGAUGGAACAUAUUUGUUCUGCACAUGUGGAACAAAGAUCAAUAUCUUGGAUGUUGGAACAGGGAAGGUCUUCAAGAGCAUUGAACAGGAAGAUCAAGAAGAUAUUACCAGCUUCAGUCUAAGCCCUGAUGAUGAGAUGCUGGUGACAGGUAGUCGUGCCUUGCUCUUGAAACAAUGGGACUGGAAAGAGGAUAUGUGUAUUCGUACAUGGAAAGCUAUUCACACCAGUCCAGUGGCGAGCAUGGCUUUUGACUCUACCUCAACUUUAUUGGCCACAGGUGGAUGUGACAGUACUAUCAAGAUCUGGGAUGUUUUCAAGCAGUACUGCACACACAAUCUGAAGGGUUCCUUUGGAGUUGUCCACCUUGUUGAAUUUCACCCUGACAUCUCACGACUUCAACUUUUCUCCUCUUCAAUGGACAAUAAAAUCCGACUUUGGAGCCUGAAUACCAGCAAGUGCAUUGUGGUGCUGGAUGCCCACUACAGUGCUGUGACUUCCUUGGCUUUUACUUUAGAUGGCAACACUCUUGUCAGCUCCGGCAGAGAUAAAAUAUGUACUGUAUGGGACUUAGCAACCUGCAAAUCACAGAGAACAAUUCCUGUGUUUGAGACUGUGGAAGCGGUAAUGUUGCUCCCAGAAGAUGAGGAUUUCACUCCCUUGGGGGUGACGAGCAAAGGACAACAUUUUAUCACAGCGGGCAGCAAAGGGAUCCUUCGAAUUUGGGAAGCUCGUUCUGGAAAGUGCAUAUAUUCUCAGCGUGUGCCUGGUAAACCGAGAGAGGAAGUGGAAGAUAACGCAGAUGAGCAGACGCUGACUCACUGCAUGCUUGUCUCGGCAACAAGGAAGCUAACCACUGUCACAGCCGAACAUAAUAUCCUCAUCUAUGACCUGUGUACUCUGAAACUUGAGCGCCAGUUUGUUGGUUAUAACGAUGAGGUGCUGGACGUAAAAUUCCUGGGGCCUUCUGACACACACAUUGUGGUAGCUACAAACAGUCCACAGCUGAAAGUCUUUGAACUGGCAACAUUAAAUUGUCAAGUCCUAUACGGGCACUCGGACACGGUAUUAGCUCUGGAUGUUUUUGAAAAAGCGACCAGAUUUGCCAGCUGUUCUAAGGACAAAACUAUUCGAGUCUGGAGAAUGAAUAAGGAGACAGGCAAGGUGAAAUGUGUGGCACAGGGGUUAGGACAUGCUCACUCUGUUGGUGUUAUUUCUUGCUCACGAUUGAAAGCGAAUUUCAUCGUGAGUGGAAGCCAGGAUUGCACCGUAAAGCUGUGGAACGUCACAAAACCCCCUGCAGCUCAGAGCGAGGAGCAAACCGCAGAGCCUGAAGCCCUUCAUGCUGCUUUGACCGAGAAGGCUCACGACAAAGACAUAAACAGCGUGGUCAUUUCUCCGAACGACAAGCUGAUAGCAACGGGCUCGCAGGACAGGACCGCAAAGCUCUGGUCUCGCUCCAACUUCUCACUCCUGGGAGUAUUCCGAGGCCACAAACGUGGGAUUUGGUGCGUCCAGUUUUCCCCUGUGGACCAAAUCCUUGGCACCUCGUCAGCAGACGGCACCGUCAAACUGUGGGGGCUUCAGGACUUCAACUGUUUAAAGACGUUUGAAGGCCACGAUGCAUCGGUACUGAAAAUAAUUUUCGUCAGCCGUGGAACUCAGCUGUUGACCAGCGGGUCUGAUGGUCUCCUGAAACUCUGGACCAUUAAAACGAACGAAUGUGUAAAAACAAUAGAUGCCCAUGAGAAUAAGGUGUGGGGUUUGCAUUCUGACAAGAAAGAUGACUUGGUUGUCACUGGAUCAGGAGAUUCAUGCAUUAUUAUCUGGAAGGAUGUCACCGAGAUGGAGCUUGCAGAAGAGCAGGCCAAACAGGAAGAGCAAAUUUUGAAGCGACAAGAAUUAUCUAAUUUAUUGCAUGAGAAGAAAUACUUGAAAGCUUUGGGAUUGGCCAUCUCUUUGGACCAUCCCCAAACAGUACUCUCCGUGAUUAAAGCUCUUCUCGGCGAUUGUAAUGGGCAGGAAAAACUGGAAUCAAUAAUACUCAAAUUGCGACAAGAUCAAAAAGAGUCGAUAUUAAAGUUCAGCAUGGUGUGGAACACCAACUCUAGAAACUGUCACGAGGCUCAACAUGUCAUCCAGAUCCUCCUGAGAAACGAAUCUCCUGACCAUCUUCUUCAGUACGGUGGUGUGAAAGCUGCUCUGGAAGGACUAAUCCCCUAUUCUGAGCGGCACUUCCAGAGAAUCAACAGAUUGCUGCAGGCUUCGAUGUUUUUGGAUUAUAUGUGGCAGAAUAUGAGAGUGACUGGCAAAUCCAGUGAUCCUGACCUACAGACUGAAGAAAUGGAAAUAGAGCCAUCAAUGCCAAUGGACAGAACAGCUCCUUGGAACGAAAGUGCGAUGAUUACACAAAAAAUCAACGACAGCGAGUCUGAAGAAAGUGAAGGUUACGAUAGCGACUCCAUUGCAUCAGACGAAGGAAGUUGCAACAAACCGAGGCGUCUCCAUGCAGCUGGGGGGUUCUUCAAAGAGAAUUUGGAGCCACAGUUAGAAUAUACGAGUGGCUCGGAGGAAGACGAGGAUGCUGGGGAUCAGAUGGAAAAGACAAUUGUGGAAAAAGUGAAACCAAACCAACCUCGCAUCAAAAAUAAAUCAAAGUCUCUCAAAAUGAAAUGACGCUUUGUCAAGGCUUCGGAAAGGCUGCAGUCUUCAGGAUGUGCUGUAAACUCUCUGCAUAUGAACUGAUUUGCAAUUAGUCCUAACUUUGAUGCUUAAUACCAGGCAUUGGGCGUUUUAAGCCAUAUAAUUCAUGAAUUCCUUUCCUCUCUGGGGAAAAUAAGUUCAGAAGUGAUGGGAGCAGAAUUAAAGAGAGCCAAUAAUGUUCCAUUGUCUAAUAGUCCCAGAUAAGAACCAUGGAAUUCUUGCAGCAGCACAACAGAAUAUUUCUAUGAAUUGGGCCAUUCAGCCCAUCAAGUCUACUCCGGCAAUCAAUCAUGGCUGAUCUAACUCUCCCCUUCAACCCCAUUCUCCUGCCUUCUCCCCAUGACCCCUGAUGUUGCUUUAAAAAUGGCAAUUCCAAUUUUAUACUUUCAGACCACAAUUUUACAAUAAAGUUUCCAUCUUGCUAAACACUUUUUUAAAGGUGAUAUCUUGAUGAACACCAUUGCGUAAAACAUUGGUUUUCGCACUAUAAACGCUAACUGCCCAUUUUACUAAGUGAUAAUAAAAAGGACAAUUAAAUUUUUUCUUCCUGUAUUGUCAUCAUUGAAAUGUUCAGUAUGUUUUGUACCUAGGACUUGGUGCAAUGUUAAAUGCUUCUAAAUUAAUGAAGAAUCUAUUUUCAAUUCAUUCAAAAUUCAUUGAAACAAUGUAGCUUGAUAUAAAGCUGUUGCACUUGGCAUUUUCCAGAAGUGAACAACUUAGUUCCUCCUGGCUAUUUUCUCUUAAGUCUUAUCUUCAGGCUAGCAAAGCUUUCCUUUCCCUUGCGCCACAAGUGAGUCAUCAAUUUGAGCUGAAUAAUCUUGAUCUUCUGUUGAGAUGGAGAUUUUAACGUUCUGUCAGUAAUCAGUUGAGCGGUUAUUCCUGCAAGUUGACAGAUACCGUUUUCAAUAAACUGAAAUUCAAACCCCCUAUUUUCAGUGCGAUGAAGGGUCCCGAUGUUGGGGGAGUCCAGAACCAGGGGCCGCAGUGUAAGAAUAAGGGGUAAGCCAUUUAGAACGGAGACCAGGAAACACUUUUUCUCACGGAGAGUUGUGAGUGUGGAAUUCUCUGCCUCAGAGGGCGGUGGAGGCAGGUUCUCUGGAUGCUUUCAGGAGAGAGCCGGAUAGGGCUCUUAAAGAUAGAGGAGUCAGGGCAUAUGGGGAAAAGGCAGGAACGGGGUACUGAUUGGGGAUGAUCAGCCAUGAUCACAUUGAAUGGCGGUGCUGGCUCGAAGGGCCAAAUGGCCAACUCCUGCACCUAUUGUCUAUUGUCCCGAUCCAAAACAUCACCCAUCCUUUGUCUCCAGAAUUGCUACCUGACCAACUGAGUUACUCCAGCACUCUGUGCCUAUCUCUGGUGCUUUAACAUCAAUUGGCUUGCAUCUAGCUGCCCCCGGGAAGACACGUGGAUCCCAAUUGCAUUGUGUACGAAACAAUAAUGGAGGAUGAUCCCAGAUGAAUAGAAAUUAAAGAUAUUUUGCCGUUUUUCUGCUCUGCAAGUGUGGCUUUUUCUUGGGAUUAAGCAGUAGUACUCAGUAACUGUCAAAAGUAACCAUUCAGCCACAAAUAAUGUCACUAAGCUGACUCGGUUGAAUGCAUAUUUUUAAGAUGAGAUCACGACAAUGAUAAAACUUCACUUGGUCAAUGUUUCGUUUUUGAAAAUACUCUCUUUGUCAUUUGGCUGUUAGCAUAAGCUCGGUCUAAACAAUAAAAUCUAUUCCUGAGCUGACCGUGUCAAUAAAGCA